GGCGAUAGUGUGAGGUAAGUCCGGUCGUGUAGCGGGGCACAGAAAAAGAAAUGCCAGAAUUUCUCCAAGAAAAAGGUAGUGCUCCAACCGCAUUGCUCAUGUUUACAGGUUACGUGGAGAUAUUUGCAUGUUGCGAAAAAUGCAUGUUAGAGCGCACUAAUUUGCAUGUUAUCAAUUACAGUUUGCAUCAAUCGGUUCACACGUUACACACACGUGAUAUACACCCGGACACCAGGCAUUACCCUUCUUGACUCCUCUUCAUGUGAAAAAGAGGCCCAAAAGAACCAAUUGGUACCAACGAAAUAAGCAGAUCGAAGUUUUCUCCAAUUGAUUGAAG